AUGUUUUCAGCAACUGCACAGUCCAGCACACUUACUAGUGUGCAAACUACAGACGGCACAAGCUUUACCCCCACUCUAACGACUUCUAGCGAGGUAACAACAGAUUCAUCCAGCGGAAGUACAUCGUCUCCCUCCGCCUCGUUACCAAGUUCUACAGUAAACAGUACAGAGGGAGACAAUAGCACCAGUACUAGCUCGACAACACACUCAAUCACAACAACACAAAUGGUAAUAUUGUGUAAAAAUGGAACCUGUGCGGGAAACGACAGCAGCUGUUUAAAUGAAACAAUUACAGGCACGUGCAUGUUGUCAGACUCGCAAUCCUGCUACCAAAUUGUGUAUACAAAUGAGACAGACACGUACUACGAAGUUGGCUGUUACAGUACCUGUGAGUUCCUGGUUGAGGACACAGAAGAUGUUACCAAAACAACGCGUUGUUGCGAUACCAAUAUGUGUAACAACGAACUACUUUCGGACCCAGAUCCGGGAAAUAACGCUGUCAAAAUUCCUGUGCCUUGCUAUUCGAUGUUGCUCGUGUUAUAUUUGAGCAGACUCUUUAAUCAAGGACAGUAAUGCACAUAAAAGAGAUACGAAAACAUCUGUUACAAAUACAAGCUUUAAAAUAAGGUCAUGUUAUAGUAGCGGCAAGCCUGGAUAGCGCCGUAUCAAGCAGAGUUUUGGUGGGUAAUGUUAUCAAAUGAAGUCAAGAGUUGGCGGAAUAGAUAACUAUCCACCACAUGUUCUGCCUGUACGGUUACGACGUAUGCACCAGCUCUAGAAACAUCGGACAUUUUGAAUAAACUCUGAAAACUUUUAUUACACUGGACACAAAACAUAGGUCAAAUGUCAUUAAUAAGUGUGCGAAGCUUUAUCAAAUCGGUUGGAAAUAAAAUGUACAGCUUGGUAA